UCUUUCUAAGUGGGGAAAGACUUGUUGACAGGAGAAAGGAAAGGUUACUGCGUCUCUAUCCAAAAUUUAAGAACUCGCAAAAAUGGCUUGGAAUUUUAAAAGGUUUUACGACCUGACAGCUAAGCUGCUGUCCGGGGACUCUUUAAGCUUCUCCUCGCUGAAGGGGAAAGUUGUUCUCAUUGAAAAUGUGGCGUCUCUCUGAGGAACAACAAUUAGGGAUUACACACAGAUGAACGAGCUUCACUCUCGCUACUCUGCCGAGGGACUUGUUAUCCUGGGUGUGCCCUGCAAUCAGUUUGGACAUCAAGAGAACUCCAGGAAUGAUGAAAUCCUGAGAUCCCUGAAGUACGUCCGUCCAGGGAAUGGCUUUGAACCAAACUUCUGGCUCCUUGAAAAGGUGGAUGUGAAUGGAAAGGAUGCCCACCCCCUGUUUGUCUAUCUGAAAGAGAAACUUCCAGUCCCCAGCGAUGAUUCCGUGUCUCUUAUGAAUGAUCCGAAGUUCAUCAUCUGGAGCCCUGUGUGCAAGAGUGACAUCUCCUGGAACUUUGAGAAGUUCCUGAUCGGUGCUGACGGGGAGCCUUACAAGCGCUACAGCAGAAACUUCCACACCAUUGAUCUUGAGGGAGACAUUAAAGAGUUGCUGAAGAGGAUGAAGUAAAAUGUACUUCAACACUCCAUGGCUGGUUGUUGAAGAUAUCUGCUGCGACCACUCCAACUUAGAAACACUUCUCAGUAGACACACCCACUUGGGGUAUUUUAUCAAGCUUUCACAGCUUCAACAAAAAAAGAUUGUGAUAUUUUCAGUUGUAAACACUUGGUUCCUGAACCCAUUUACUUAAUGAAGAUACUCCUGAAAACCUCUUUGUGUAAGGAGUUUCUGAUGCAGAUGUAAAUGUUUGACUUUACCCCUGUCUAUACCACAAUGGCAACAUUUAAAGAAAACAGAAAAUGUGCAUGCUUUAUUAGCAAUUCUUUAUUUAAUUAAAAUGCAAUGUAUACACAUA